AGACGUAGCCAAAAAUGAAUCGGCUUGCGAUUUCUGUUGUACUUUUCAUCUGUAGUUCAGCUUUCGUUUGCGAGGCUGCCAGUGAUUGUUCCUGUGAACUGUACGUGUUACAAACCCUUCAGGCUGAAAAGGAGAACGCUUUGGCAUCCGCAAAAGAGUUGCCUUUCACUUAUUUUGAGGACUGCCAAGAUGCGUUUAAUCAAGGGUAUGUGAAAAGUGGCGUUUAUCCCAUAAAACCACCAUCAUCGGCAAGGCCUUUUAAAGUGUGGUGCGACAUGGAAACUGAUGGAGGUGGCUGGAUUGUUAUACAAACGCGAUUCGAUGGAUUAGAGGAUUUCUACAGGACAUGGGUCGAAUACCGAAAUGGAUUCGGCAGUGUAUUCAGUGAACAUUGGCUCGGUCUCAACUACAUUCGUCAUAUAACGCAAAAUGGGGACUACGAAUUGCUAAUCGAAUUUACUGGGUACAGACCCGGAGAGUAUGCUAAUGCUAGAUAUUCAACGUUUAUGGUUGGCUCUGAGGAUGAGAAAUACAGACUGUAUGUGGGCAAAUACAGCAGUGACUACGGAAAAAUAAAAGACGCCUUAACAACGCACAACGGAAGCAUGUUCACCACGAAAGACAGUGACAACGAUGAGCAUACGAACAACUGUUCUGCUGACAUGGCAAAAGGAGGUUGGUGGUACAAAAAGUGUUACGGGUCGAAUUUGAACGGAGUUUGGAUGAGCGAAGCAAAAGCAUUGGCGACUGAGGGAACGCAAACAACUUCAAAUGUGAGCGGACUAACAUGGAGAUAUGUUUUUGGUAAUCUAAAUACAUUUUACAGUUUGAAAAGCGUCGAAAUGAAGGUAAGGCGCUGUUGAUUGCAUUUUUGAUUUGAAAUAAAAUAUUCUGAAGCAUAA